AAGCUGUUGUAUCAAUAAUCUUUGACCACCAAUAAUGGCUCUCGUUGAUUAUUCUUCAUCCGAGGAAGAUACCGCACCCAAUCAAGAUCCCCCAAGACCAGUCAAAAGAGCACGCUUAGCGGACAAGGCCGAUGAUCUACCUCCACUCCCCUCCAAGUUCCACGACCUCUACGCAUCUACAGCUCGAGUAAGUACAAAGGACGAUCCAAGUCUGCACAACGGAAGGAAAAGGGCAACUCCACAUGUAGAAGGAAAUUGGCCAACUCAUGUUUAUAUCGAGUGUAAGUACUCUAUUUAGGUAACUUUAAAUCUUACAACCGACCAUCGCUAACUCGUGUGAGGGUAUCCUUCGCCAACAGAAUACACUUCACUAAAGAACUUGAUAUCAGCAUUACAAGAAAAACUGCCAUCCGAAAACGAGGCUGUAAUCCAUUCAUUCUUGACUAGCGAUCUCGGUGCUCCAUUGCCUCUUCACAUCAGUCUUUCACGACCAAUAGGUUUCUUGACCGAAGAGAAAGAUGGCUUUGUGACUUCACUAGAGCGAUUUAUCUCAACCUCUGGAAUACGACCGUAAGUUGUUGCAAUAUGAAAGUAUCACUUUUGCUAACUAGUCAGGUUUGAAAUCAGGGUUUGUGGUCUUUAUUGGGUAGCAAACUUUGAAAAGACUCGAUGGUUUCUCGUACUACGAAUUCAUCAGCCUGCCGAGAAUGGUCUAAACAAACUUCUUCAUACAAGCAAUACAGUUGUGCAAAAUCAUGGCCAGCCACCUUUGUAUGCAAACGCAAUGGUGUCUUCCACGUCAAUAGACAAAGGAAGCAGCCCAAAGGGGACCGGUAAGCUAUCAGGACGAGGAAAAAGAAGGCCCGAAAAGAUUGAUUGGAAAGAUAUGCAAGAUCUUUCCUCAGCUUUUCAUAUCAGUAUUGCCUGGACACUCGAAUCCCCAAGCCCAGGACUCAAACACGUUACAAGUGCCCUGGUUGAGAAUCACUUCAAAGAAAUGUCUAACAUGGAAGUUAACAUCAGCGAAAUCAAGGUGAAGGUUGGUAAUGUUGUGACGAGCUUAGGAUUACGUACGAAUGCCAUAGAGGGGAGGGGGUUAUUCGGCAUGUAA